AUGCCUUAUCACCUCGAGGGCAAGAUCAACGAGGUCUACCGAAAUUCUGCGCUCACUGUAGAAUGUGUAGAGAAUGGUCCCUCUGAGCUGGCAGCAAUCUCUCACGAUCUUCGACAUCUGUUCGAGACUCUCAAAUUGCUGGCGGACGCGACAAACCCAUCAGUUGCUCUAUUCGACAUGGCCACACGAGAACAAGCAUCAGAACUCUGGAGUGCCCUCGAAGCAUGCGACCGUGAUCUAUCAAACAUACGAAGUAUCUGGGUCUCUUACGCAGAGCUUGAUUGGAUGGCCCAAUCGCAAUUUGUGGCAGAAGCAUGCCUAUCCACACGCGGCACCCGUUACUUGCAAUCGAAGAUUUUAACCUUCUCCUCAAAACUCAAAGGUUUACUAGUCGACUUCAAAACAUCGUCUACAGCGCUGAAUUGGCCGCCGAGUAUCGAUGUCCUCAGCCAGAUUCAGGCGGAACUACUGGCGGAGGGCAUACAAGUCGACCACCUUCAAGCCCGUCACGACGAGAUCAAAGCCUACAUUCGCUCGCUUGCCAUUGGUGAACACUUCUACACCACGAUAUCGCACAUAGCACCGCCAUUGUCCUUGUCUGCGGUACCCGAAAGUCCAACGUGCGCUCAACCGCCUUCUCGCCAGGGGACCGAUUUGGCAGACCAAUUCUCUACUCUCUUCGAGCCACGAGCACUACGCCGACCGUCUUUGGCCAAGAUCAUCGUCUCUGAAGCUCCGAUACCCCUAAUUCUCACGUCUCUGCCAACGUGCGAGAAGACGCUUUCACCAGAGAAACGAUCAGCCAAAACGUCACCGUCAGCGCCAGCUGGCACAGACACUGAAAAUCCUCUCGCGCCAUCCCUAGUGUCACGGUUUUCCACAGCUAUAACGAGCAUCGCUUUGUCAGUGAGCUUGCAGAAUAAGUUUCGUGGUACUCGACCACCGCCUCAGCGAUCAUCAUCUGCCGUGUUUCGAGGUCUUGCGAAUGAGGAAAGAGCAACCGGCGACUAG